AGACGACAGGUUGAGACCUGAACUUCCGCGUCAGGCAGGAAGUAACUGAACUGUCAGUAACUCAUAUUCAACCCUACGACUCGGCACACUGUUGCAUGUGGGUUGGGUGGUGUCCACCGUUCAACAGGAAAGAGAAGCGCUUUUAAGAAAUCCUACUUAUGACCCUAUCACCUAGUAAUUAAACCUGCCAAAUACAUCAAGAUGGAUGACAUUGAUGCUAUGUUCAGUGAUAUGCUGCAGGAGAUGGAUCUCCUAACACAGAGUUUGGAGACCGAAGAAGAGUCUCCACCUCAGCAUAAACCUCCCACCAUUCCUGCCACUCAGGAAAUGAACUUUUCCAUUGGUUUCACAGAUUUCAAUGAGUCCCUGCAUGAUCUGGAGGACAAUGAUCUUGAUGCCCUGAUGGCUGAUCUGGUGGCAGAUAUUAGUGCCACAGAGGAGAAGUUUGCUACAGAGAAAGGAAGCACAAAAGGGUCAGCCCCAGCUCCGACUCCGGCUCCAGCUGCCCUACCGCCCGUACAACCUCCGAGUAACUACAGCCUUCCCACGUCCACCCCGAGACCUGCCACUUCCUCUAUCUCCAUUUCAUCUCAACCCCUGCCCCCAUCUGUCAAACUAUCAAAAGAAGAACUGGAGGAACAAGAAAAAGCGGAUAAAAUCAAACUCGCCUUGGAGAAGCUAAAGGAGGCCAAAGUGAAGAAGCUGGUUGUGAAGGUGGAGAUAAUGGACGGCAGCUCAAAGACUCUGAUGGUGGAUGAAAGACAAACGGUCAGAGAUGUGAUUGACAAUCUGUUUGAGAAGACACAUUGUGACUGCAAUGUAGACUGGUGCGUGUGUGAGACCAACCCUGACUUACAGACCGAAAGAGGUUUUGAGGACCACGAAGCCCUGGUGGAACCUCUGUCUACAUGGACGAGAGACACCGAAAACAAAGUGAUUUUUAAGGAGAUUAAAGAAAAGUAUGAAGUGUUCAAGAACCCUCAGAUGUUUUAUUUGUGGAAAAAGGACAAAAAAACUAUAAUGGACAUGAAAGACAAAGACAAAGAACAGCUUCUGGAGGAGAACUUCUGCGGACCCUCGGUCAUUGUGCCUGACUUAGAGGGGGUUCUCUAUAUGAAGGAGGACGGGAAAAAAUCCUGGAAACCGCGAUACUUCUUGCUGCGUGCUUCCGGAUUGUAUUACUCACCUAAAGGCAAGACCAAGGCAUCACGGGACCUUGUGUGCUUGGUGCAGUUUGACAACGUGAACGUGUACUUCUGCAAGGAAUAUAGAAAUAAAUACAAGGCACCCACAGACCACUGCUUCAUGCUAAAGCAUCCGCAGAUUCAAAAAGAAUCACAAUACAUCAAGUAUUUGUGUUGUGAUGAUAACUGGAGCAUGACCCUGUGGGUGACUGGAAUACGGAUUGCCAAGUAUGGUAAGCUGUUAUACGACAACUACAAAUGCGCUGUAAGGAAAGCCACGGUUCCUGCAUCCUGGGCUAACCGCACUAUCCAGUCCAGCCCAUCCACCUCCAAUGCAUCCACACCCUCCCCUACACCAAAAGUGAAAGCUGCAAAUGGACACCCGCCUCAAGCUCCAAUGGAAACCAAGGUUUCUGCCCAACAAGCAUCUUUUCCACCACCUCCACCUGCAGCAGAAUUUCUGCCACCUCCACUUCCUGACCCCACGAUUCCUGGUCCCCCUCCUCCUCCGCCUCCCAGCACAGCUAAAGGCAACAAGUUUCCACCUCCACCUCAGUUCCCGAAAUCCUCCUUCCCACCUCCGCCCAUUGAUGACUUGCCUCCUCCACCUCCUCCUCCAGAAGAGAUUGAUCUGCCACCUGAUUUUCUGCCUCCACCACCGCCUAGUUUUAUCUCUUACGGGGAAGAACCUCUACCGCCACCCCCUCCAAAUCCUGUGGGUUUCAUUCCACCACCUCCUCCCGCUCCCCAGAACUCUGCAUCUAUAGGAGGAGUGCCACCACCUCCCCCUCCUCCACCAAUGGCUCCUGCUGCCAACAGAUCUGGCUCUGUCAGGAAAGUGGCUCCACCCCCACCAAAGAGGACUACACCACAAGUAACAGCGCCCUCGGGUGGCGACCUUAUGUCAGAACUGAUGACUAAAAUGAAUAAAAAACGCACUCAAUAAUGAACAAACUGGGCUAACUUUUGUUUGUUUAUUUGUGCCAAAGUUUUUAUGUGAUGUUGGAACACACUGGCUUAUUUGCUUCUGUUGUAUUUGUUUUACUGUAUAUCAUUAGACAAACAAUUGUAAAUACUAAUUUUUCUUAUUCAUCAGAUUCUAUACUGUAAUUAACAGUUAUAUUACGGUUAGUAACAGAUGCUAUAUCAUCAGGUGGUUUUAAGAAUUGGCAAUGAUGUGUCAAUAAAUACGGCUAUUGAAGUUUAAGUGUUUAUCACAUUAAGUCAUUUUUACAUUGGAAUACACUGGUGAGCACAUGACGACUUCUAGCUAUGAGAAAUUCUUUUUAGAGACAAAAAUUUUCAGUACGGCUUUGAUGAGAGUCGUGCAUUGAUUUUAACAUGGUUAAGGAGUGUUUUAGGCAAAUCUUUUAAUAAAACAAAA